UUUAUUGCAUAUGAUGUCUAAGUAUUGUGAAUCUUGGUUGAAUUUUUUAUUGCCUAUUGUAUUCAUGUCUCAGUGUUGUCGGUUGCAUCUUUUAUUGCCUAUUUUAGUCAUGUCUCAGUCCAUUCAAUGCAUUGAUGUGUGUUAUUUAAUUGAUAAGUUUGUUUGGUAUGUUAUUUAAUUGAAUCCCUGUCUUGUUUGUGCUUGCAUGUGGUCCAUGAGAUUCCCUUUAAAGUUUAUUCUAUUGUCUUUCUACAGGCCUACUGUUGCCCAUGUGAUAACCAUGAAAGUGCAUCAUAGGGGUGAAAUUACAUUUGACCCAAAUAUGCCCUAUGAAAGUGGGCUCUGCCAAUCCUUUGAACAUAUGGAUGUGGAUCACAUUUCAUCCAUUGUGGUGGGUAAUUUGGUAAAGUACUUGGGAUAUCCCAGCUUCAAAUGCUUGUGGUAUAGGCAUGUGGCUAGUGAUGGGUCUGUCUGCUUUAGUCCACUUUCCAAUGAUGAAGAUGUUAGAGAAUUCUUUGAAAAUGUUAAAGGUGUAGCUGAAGUUGAUAUUUAUGUUGAACACCUAGUGGAAGAUCCAAAUAUUGUUCCUCUAAUUGCUUACAAGAGUGCUGAAGAUACUCCUGAGGUAUUGCAAGUUGGUUCUGAAAGUGAUGAUGAGGUAUUGCAAGACAGGAAGGGUGAGACUGAGACAGUCAAGGAGGCUGAGUUAGUGCAAGACAAGGAUGGUCAAAGUGUGCAGGAAAUUCAGAUUGAUGCUGAGGUUCUCCAACCUGAACAGAGAAGAGGUGCUGAGUUAGAGCAACACAUGGAGGCUGAAGAAGGGCAUGAAAAGGAAAGUGAGGCUGAGAUUGUUGUCAAUGAUGAACAGAGGAGAAGUGCUGAGUUAGAGCAAGACAAGGAGGCUGAAGAAGCGCAUGAAAAAGAAUUUGAGGCUGAGGUUGUUGUCAAUGAUGGACAGAGGAGAGGUACUGAGUUAGAGCAAGACAAGGAGGGUGAGUCAGUGCAAGAAAAAGAAAUUGAGUCUGAGGAACAGAUUCGUGAUGUGGAUGACAAUGAUGAAGUAACUGAAAAUGACAAGGGGGUAGAUAAGGGAAAAAGAAAGGCCAGUGAGGUUCUUCUCAGUGAUGAAGAUGAGGAUUCUGAUGCUGAAUUUGAUCCAAAUGAUGAAGAGGCAUCCUCUGAUUUUUCAAUGGAUGACAGUGACUACGAAGAAGAUUGGGAUUGGCUAUGUGUGCUUCCUAAAGAGUCUCUGCUGAAUAUAGCUGAGGCCAAUCCAGAUCCCACUUUUGCAGAAGGUUCUACUGAUCAAUAUACUCAAGCUGUGAAUGAGUCAAGGAACCUGGAGCCUAGUACAUAUGAGGAAUUUGAAGAUGAGGAUGGUGAUUCUGAGGACUUAGAAAGUCCAUCAGAAAGCGAUGAUGAAGGAAAAAGUAGAAGGAAAUAUCCUAAGUUCAAACCUACUGAAGAUGGGGAGGUGGUUCACCUUGAGUUAGGUCUGACUUUCAACAACAAAGAUCAGUUUAAGGAUGCUGUCAGUGAUUUUGCUAUCCAAACCAAGAAGAAUCUGACAAUCACCAAAAAUGAUAAAAAGAGGAUGGUGGUUAAAUGUGUUAAGGAGUGUCCAUUCUACCUGAGAGCCAGCAAGACUCCCUCAAGGCCUAUCUGGCAAAUUGUAAGCUUCCAUAACAACCAUAAUUGCUGCAGGACAGCCAGUAAUAGGCAGGCAAAGACAUUUUGGCUUGCUAAGAAAUUUAUGCAAAUUCUGAAACACACUCCAGAUUUGAAAGUGAGGGGCUUGAUAGAGGAGGCAAGGGUCAGGUGGGGCAUUGUGAUAGGGAGGUACAAGGCAUACAGGGCAAAGGUCAAGAGUCUAGAGAUGUUGCAUGGUGCAAGUGUGGAGCAAUACAGUCACCUGAGGCAGUAUGCUGCUGAAUUGCUGAGAAGCAAUCCUGGAUCCACAGUCAUUAUAAAAUCAGCAGUGGGAGUACAUGGCCCAGUCUUUGAGAGGAUCUAGAUCUGCUUUCAAGCUACUAAGACUGCAUUUGCCAAGCACUGUAGACCCUUAAUUGGGUUGGAUGGCUGCUUCCUUAAGGGACUAUAUGGUGGUCAACUUCUGUCAGCCGUAGGCAAAGAUGGAAACAACCAAAUGUUUCCAGUAGCAUUUGCAGUAGUGGAAGCUGAAACUAAGGAUUCCUGGACUUGGUUCUUGAACAUUCUACUACAUGAUCUGAAUAGUGUUAAACCUCAAAAUUAGGCAUUCAUCUCUGACCAGCAAAAAGGUUUGGUGCCUGCUAUUGCUGAAUUGGGUCCAGAUGUUGAACACAGAUUGUGUGUCAAACACUUAUACAGUAAUUUCAGGAAGAGGUUCCCAGGAGAAGAGUUGAAUAAUGCUUUAUGGUCUGCUGCAAGGGCUAGCACAGAACCACAAUGGAAAACUGCAAUGGAUAACAUGAAGGAAUUGAAUCAAGAUGCUUGGCUGGAAAUGAUGCAUGUACCUCCUAAGAUGUGGACAAGAUCAGCUUACAGCCCACACACACACUGUGAUCUCCAGGUUAACAACAUGUGUGAGGCAUUUAAUAGGUCUAUCUUGGAGCAUAGAGACAAGCCUAUUAUCACUUUGCUUGAGGGGCUGAAAUUUUAUCUCACUAAUCGCGUUGUGAAGCAGAAUGAUCUAAUGCUUAGGUGGAGAAAUAGUCAGCUGUGUCCAAUGAUUCAGCAAAAGCUUGAUAUUAUAAAGAACCAUUCAGAGAGGUGGAGACCUAACUGGAAUGGUGAUAUUGCACAUGGACUAUUUGAAGUACAAAGGGACAAUGAUAAGUGUGCUGUCAAUGUAGAGUUAAGGACAUGCGCUUGUAGGAGAUGGAUCUGAAUGGGAUUCCCUGUGUGCACGCUGUGGCCUGUAUGUGGUAUAAUAACCAUGUGCCAGAGAAUUAUGUGGACAUGGCAUACAGGAGGCACACAUUUCUGAAUAUAUACAGCCACAUAAUCCUCCCAAACAAUGGGCCCAAAUUAUGGCCAGAUGUGGAAGCAGCACCUCUAAAUCCCCCUUAUGUGAGGAGGGCCCCGGGAAGGCCAAAAAAACAGAGGAACAAGGCAAAUGAUGAGCCUAGCAACCCUAAUAGGCUGAGGAGGAUUAGUUCCACUGUGAGAUGUAGAAGGUGUGGAGAGCCUGGACACAACAAGAGAACCUGCAAAGGUAAAACUGCAGCUGAUAGGACAAUCCCAGUAGGAGGCAAUGAGGCAAAUACUCAAGUUCUUCAACCUGAACAGAGAAGGACUACUAGAAAUAGAGGUCAGAAGAGGAAUGCUCAAUCUGGACCAGGUGAAACUUCAGCUCAAGGUGCUGCAAAUAACCAGCCUGCACCCUCUGCUCCAGCAAAUUCACAGGCUCAACAAACUGAUGCUCAAUCUUCUCAGCCUGCACCCACUGCUCCAGCAAAUUCUCAGGCUCAACAAACUGAUGCUCCAUCUUCUCAGCCUCAGCACAUAGCUACUGCAUAUUCUCAGCCUGCACCUACUGCCACUACAUCUCAGCCAAAUGCACUAAGGAGGAGAGGAAGAAAGAGGAAUGCAGAAGCAAUUAGUGGCACUCAGUAGUGUUUUUAGAUCUGUUAUUCUAUUUUUAUGAACCUAUUGUCCUGUGGAUGGUGUUUUUAAGUCUGUGUUUUUUGAGGUCUUG